AUGCAGCUUAGCGUGUUCGAAUUGCUGAAGACUUCCAACGCCGAAUGUGCUUUUAUAUUUAUCGAACACCAAUCUCGCGGCACUCCUCAUAUCUUCAUUCAGACUGCGGCCGCUGUCCAAGAAGCCUUUGAGUCUAGCGGGUCUCGAAUGAUUUAUACAGACUCUCCUACCAUCCUUGCAGAUCAAGUGUUAUGUGCAGAUCCAGCAGAGUUUAAUCGAAUCGCUCAGAAAAUGGCACGCGACUUAGAUACUACAGUGGUGUAUGCAGAUACACUUCUGUUAGCAGAACGGUUGAGAGAUGCUGCUCUCAAAAUUCCUCGAGUGGUCAGUUAA